GAAACAAUGGCGGAGGGAAGGGCGGUUGCGGGCAUUUUCCCCGACUCUCGUCAUUUGUGGGCGAUGUGACGGGAAUGAUUCAAAUCUGGAAAUUUAUAUAGAGAUUUCCUUUUCACUAAGAGCUAGAUGGGUUGCUCUGAUCUUACUAUCGAAAUUUUCUAUCCUGAAAGUUCCAAAACUUGACUUGAUCAUGGAUAUUCUGCAGAACGCCACCCAUAUUACCCUCAAUGGAGGAACCAAAUUCGGUGAUGCAGUCAACUAUGUCGUCCCUCUUGUUACGCUGUUCACCCUCUACCUGAUAAGAGUCUACCUCCUACCCGAGACAGACCCUUAUCGGUUGAAAAAGAUUCCUGCCAUCAGUCGCUCUAGAAUCGUCGAUGCCUACAUGUCGGGAACAUACUGGAGGUUUUUCUUUCCCAGACUUUUUCCAUAUGCAAGAGAAGGGUACUACAAAUAUAGUAAGAAUGGCAAGCCUUUCAAGAUUUGGAUGGGCCUGUUCCAAAACUGGGUCUACAUCUUGCCGCCAAAGUACCUGUCUCGAAUCAAAAACCAGGGUCUAUCCGAGCUGAGCUUUCGGUCCGUUGUUGAUACGUAUCUCGUUCCCAAAUUUUCAAGCGGUCACUUUGAUAAUUUCGAGAUUCAAGUCGCAUCCAAGCUGGUGAAUGGGAACUUGUCCGAUAUCAAACCUUUGAUACAAAUUCGCACUGAGGAAAUCUUGGAUCAAGAGAUUGGCAGCCCAAAGGAAUGGAAGCGUAUACAUGCCCAUACCCUUGCCAUGAAAAUCAUGAAGUACGUAUCUGGACGGGUUGUGUUUGGUGCAGAGCUCGUCGAGAAUCCUGCUUUCCUCGAGGCAAUGGAACGGUAUUCUACUAAGGUCAUGUACUAUGGUUUAAUCCUCCGGUGGAUCAACCUGGGUCCUCUGAGGAAUUAUAUCAUGUAUCUGAUUCAUUGGAAACAUCGUCGGGAUCUCGCCAUUGCGACCCAGUUUGUUACCGAUCAUAUUGCGGAAAGAAAGCGAGCGCAGAAAGAAAUGCACGAAGAGGAUAAGCCGGUUGACUGCAUCCAGUGGGCCAUGGAUCAGGAGAUUCCUGAUGACUUGAAACAGCCAGAGCAAAUUGCUCACCGACUACUGCAUCUCAGCGCAGGGCUUAUUGGGACACCUGCAACUGUCUUGGUUAACCUGCUUUUUGACACCGUUACUCACAGUGACUACCUGAGUGAGGUGAGAGCUGAGAUUACUGAAUGUCUUGCAGAGAGUGGUGGUGGGUGGUCGGAGAGCUCAAUGGCCAAGAUGAAGAAGUUCGACUCGUUUAUCCAGGAGUGCUUCAGGAUAACCCCAGGGAUUGUCUCCUUGACAGGAUGGCGUCUCGUUGCUAGUGACAGUUUCAGUUUUGAUGAUGACCUUGUACUUCCGAAGGGAACUCUGAUUACCUUCCCCACGAUGUACAUGCAACAUGAUUCCGACAUUUACCCUGACGCUGACAAGUUCGACGGGUUCCGGUUCUACCGGAUGCGAGAGGAAGAGCAUCAAGCAGGGAGAAUAUCGAACAUCAAGGAUACUCGAAAUGAUUGGCUUGCUUUUGGGCAUGGCCGUCAAGCAUGCCCCGGCCGAUUCUACUCCAUCAAACUCUUGAAAACGAUCCUUGGCGAACUGGUUAUGCGAUAUGAUAUGCGAUACGCUGGUGGAACUCGGCCGAGGCCAGAGACUCUUGAUCUGGAGCCGGUUAUUGCCCCUGACCUAAGUGUUGAAUUGGAAUUCAUUUCGCGUGCUCAAGACGCAUAAUAAUGGGUUAGGUUGGAAAGAACUGGCCAAGUGUGCGAUGCGUUGUGAUCUCCGAGGGUAGUAUCGCACUAUAUGAAACUGCUGCUCAAUGCCGGUGUAACUUCCUGAUUGGGAGAGCCGAGGCUGGCUGAUCCUAAAUGGUCACUCGUGACAUAUGUUGAACUAUAAUGUUAGAAGCAUUGUGUCUUAUGGGGGCUCGCUUCCAGGAGAAAAUCUCGGGCAUAAAUCUCGGGCAUAAAUCUCGGGCAUAAAUCUCGGGCAUAAUCGAUCACAGCGAGCCAUUUGUGGGUGCGAGUUUUUGUAAGGUACUUAAGAUCUCACUAAGCUUGCCUAAUCUUUUCAGCCGAUUAUGUAGGAGCCGCAUAUGUGAGAUUUGGUCGAACAAUAGGACACUACCAAACGUAAGUUGUUG